AUGGAGCGUGAUAAAGUUGCGGUGAUUUUGGGAGCUAAUAGUAACCUUGGUUUCAAUAUCGCUUUAAGAUUAGUGGAGCAGGAGGAUCCGCAAUGUAAUAUUACUUUUGUUGUUACAUCCAGAACCAAAAAAAGGGCUGAUGAAGUUGCCAAAAACAUUGAAAAAGGCAUUACGCACAUUAAAAGAUCAGGGAAAGUGGUAUGUGAUCCAUUUGUUAUUGAUCUAACUUCUAUGGAAAGUGUCAAAAAUUUUGCUGAUGCUUUAAACCAUAAAUACAAGAAAAUCAAUUAUUUUUUUAAUAAUGCAGCAGUGGGUCUUUGCGAUGGGAUCAAUUGGUUGAGAGCUGUUUUGGAAGUUUGUAUAAAUCCUAUAAAAGCGGUUACCGAUCCUGGAUACAGAAUUCAGAAGAAGGGACUUAUUUCGAAGGAUGGAAUGGGUUAUGUUUUUCAAGCUAAUGUAUUUGGUGCUUAUUUCUUGAUACAUCAGUUAUUAGAUUCAUUAUCAAGAGGUACAGCAGCUGUAGUGUGGAUAUCUAGCUUAUGUUCCACGUCUAAAUAUUUGUCACUUGAUGAUAUCGAGCUAAUUAAUUCCAGUAGACCUUAUGAUGGAUCAAAGAGAGUCAUUGACCUUUUACAUUUAGCUACAUAUAAACAGUUAAAAGCCAAAAAUAUUUAUCAGUAUGUAGUUCAGCCAGGUAUCUUCAUUAGUCAAUCAUAUGCGGAACAAUUAAAUAUAUUCACAUAUUGGUCCAUGCUAUUACUCUUCAUGUUAGCUAGGUUCUUUGGAUCAAUUUGGCAUACAAUCGAUGGUUAUAAGGCGGCUAAUUCUGCAGUUUAUGUUGCAACCUUUGUUGAUAAAAAUUUUGAACGUCAAGAUUUAAAGUAUGGAUCUGCUACAUAUAGUGAUGGUAAAGAGUAUAUUAAACCUCAAGAGAUAGAAGACACUGGUAAGUAUCAAGUGUGUGAUUAUUUAGAGACAAAGCGAAAGGAAUUUGAAAACAAAUUAAAAGACAAAUAG